CACGUUCUUGAUGUGACUAAGCAGAAGACAAAAAAAAUCAAAAUUCGGCUGAAGUUAGCAAUCCCAGAGUGACAAUGGACACAGCGGAUCCAGAUCGAUCUCCAGCAAACGCCACUCCCGCCGCUACUGCUACCACCACUGAUGACCCGUUAAACAAUCCCUACUACGGCUCGCUAAACGAUCAUUGCCACGAUCUCGCCGUCCUGCAGGACCUGGCCUGCCGAGGGGCCUGGCGGUCGGUCCUCGACAAGGUCGGCCACGCUCGUUCUCUUUCCCUCCUCACAAAGCCUCAUGAGCACCUCAUCUACCUCACUUACAAUGUCCUUGCUCUCACGAAGCUCCGCCGCUUCCCCGACGCCAGCAACGAACUCAAUGCCGUGCUUGAAGGCGACGACUUUGAAAGCCCGCAAUACCUAUAUGAAACUUACCCUAAUCAUUACCCCAAUUCCAGUGGCUCCAUGGUCCCCUUUGCCCUCCGGUGGAUCCACGCCCAUCUUCCCUCCGCACUAGGCCAACGCCAUCAGGCUCUAGACCGCCUCUAUUCCCUCCUUGAUUUCAUUCGUUCCAAAAAACUAAAUACUAACGCAUUGUCGUCAAGGUCUAAUCUUUCCCAAGGUUUGUGGAGGAAGCGCGAAUGUUUUGUGAUGAAUACUAUAAUCAGUUACCACUUGAGUCAGAAGGAGUUCAAGGUUUGUUUUGAUUUGCUCAAUGAAUUGAUCGGGAAAAGAGAGUGUGGGAAUGAUCCCUUCUUGUUGUCAAAAUUAGGAUACGUUCAGAUGCAGUAUGGGGAUGUGGAUGGUGCAAAAAGGACAUUUAAAGCAGUAGAAAAUGAGAUAGAAAAUGACAGUGACCUGAGGUUGAAGAAUUUAGUGAGCAGGAACACGGCAUUGAUAUAUAUACUAGGAAAAGACUAUGCUUCUGCAGUGAGGGAGUAUGAUCAAUGCAUAGAGAGGGAUGGGGGGAUGGAUAUAGUUGCGCUAAACAACAAGGCAUUGUGUUUGAUGUAUUUGAGGGACUUGUCGGAUGGGAUUAAAGUGUUGGAGAAUGGCUUGGAGCGAGUUCCAACGGUAGCACUGAACGAGACUGUGGUGGUUAAUCUGUGUAGUAUGUAUGAACUGGCAUAUGUCAACCAUGUUGAUAUAAAGAAGACUCUUAAUAAUUGGAUUGCUAGGGUUGCUCCGGAUGACUUUGAUUCGGCUUGCACCCGGAUAUGAGUGCCCAGGAAAAAGGGGCAGAAAUUUUCGGUGCUAGAAUUUGGUGCGAUUGUGGUCUGCCCGCAGAGGUUGGCAGAGAUGGAGAGCUACUGCACACUGAUCAGGCCAGGGGACUUAUCUGUUGUGGGGGUGAGAUCGGGCCGAUCUGGUGGAAUAACACGUGGGGCCGUUGCUGAUGCUCCCCCAUUUGAGGAAGUUGCAGAGAAGAUAUUCAACAUCAUGGAUGGCCGGAUAUGGGCAGGGCAUAACAUUCAAAGAUUCGAUUGUGUUCGUAUUAAGGAGGCUUUUGCUGAGGCUGGCCUCUCUCCGCCUGUCCCUGUUGGCACCAUCGAUUCCCUUACAGUUUUAACAGGGACAUUCGGAAGAAGAGCUGGAAAUAUGAAGAUGGCAACAUUAGCAGAAUACUUUGGACUUGGAGAGCAGAAACACAGGAGCUUGGAUGAUGUUCGGAUGAACUUGGAGGUCCUCAAGCAUUGUGCCACAGUAAUGUUUUUGGAAGCGAGCCACUUGGAUUUGAUGAACAACAAUGUGCUUGGGCGGCCUAACGUUAUGACAAGAAGCAGAACUACCGAUGCGGCAAUGGACGAAAGCUGUCACACUUCAUCAUCACCAAUGUCAACAAGAAGCGCCAAAAGGAUUUGAUGCAUAUAUAUAUAUAUAUUGAAACCAAUAACGUACGGCCGCUAUCAACAGCAUGCAACUGCGGGCGGGCGGGCAUGCAUACUUAAUUAUUAGCUCACACCACUUUAGAAUGCAUUCUUUGAUUUUUAUUUAACUCAAAUCGGUUAUCAUUCAAUUCUCUAGCUCCUCUCAUCUUUCUCCACCUGUAAAUGCUUCAUCUAGCUUGUGCCGCAAUUCUGUAUAUAUAUAUGUACCAAUAUAAUAUUGGGAAUGGUACGUAAAAGUGUUGUAAUAACUACCAAAAACUUCAAUUAUAUAUAUGUACCGCACUGCCCGUAUAUUGAUAUUGAAUAAUUUAAAGCUAGAUUCUAUGCUACCCAUAAGGUACCA